AUGGCUACUGGAAACCCAAUGUGGAGCAUAACGGAGACGCAGCGUGUCGAGGCUUUUGCAUUCUCUCCAGGAGGAGAUCUGAUAGCCGUCGGCUUUGCCAAAGGCUUGUUGAGGGUGUACGAUGCACAAACCGGUGAGGCGUUGCGAUUCAAACGCGGGGAGAGGUCGUCUGCUGAUGCCGCUGAUAGGAGCCUGUCUCGGCGGGAGAUGGAAGCUGAUAUCGAUGACGAUCCCAUUAUGAACGUGAGCGGAAAGCCUCCUUCUAUCUCUGCUCGAGCUCACAGAUGCGUAGAUGCCUGCAACUUUGAGUGCGGCGGCACGUAG